CUAGAGAGGAGGUAACAGCUGAUUCAAGUUUCCGAGCAUGGGGCGCAGUGCACACUGCAGUAAGUGCUGCAUAUGUGGGAAAAAGAAGAGCACGCACCCGGGAACUAAACUACACUUGUUCCCGAAAGAUCCAAGAAGAUGCUUUGCAACACUUCCUUAUCUUCUGGCUCAGUGAAGAAGUGUGGCAUGUGACAUGAAAGAAACAAAGAUCAACAUGAAUUUUUCAGCAGCUAGUGGACUGAUAAAAAUUCAUAUACAAACUUAUUUGACGCAUGCAAUGGCUGCGGGCGCUCAACAUCACUCAUAAAAAUGAAUCACAGGCUGUCUGCACUGACCACUUUGACUCCAAAUGGCACGCCAGCAAAGGCCGGCUGCUCAACAAUGCAGUCCCAAACUCUGUAGGUGGCUGUGAUGAACAGGAUGCUGACACUUACCAGGAUUGGCAAGAGGACAUAGAUGCCCCCAAAAUGGGGAACACGGAAGUCAUUUCAGAAGUACUGCCGUUCAGUCACAAGUAUGAUGCCAGCUUUGGGGAAAUAAAUAGUACUCAAGAUAUAGCAGAAUCCUUCAUUCGGAUCCCAAGUCCUAUGGAGGGCACAAUGUAUGAUAUAACUCGUGGAAGAGGUUACAGCAACAUGGACCACCAAGAGCCACACACCACGGCAUCCUCUGUCCCAGCUUCUAGUCUCAAGGAGAACUUCUUGCCUUGUGAAGAUCUUGGUGCAGGUAAUCAUGGAAAUGACCCAGAAGACACCGAGUAUAGUUCAGAUGAUGAUUUUGCUUUCUGGCAAAAGAUGAAAAGACGUGCAAAACAAAGGAAUAAAAAGUCACUUAGAAAAAAACUUUUCCACAAGUAUUCCUCGGAUCAAAAUAAUUCAAGAAACUCUCCUAUGAAUAGUCAGAGGUAUAUGGAUCAACAGUCAUCACCAACAAAAGAAGGCAAUGAGACAUCGGAUAAAUUGAGCAGUGUUGUCAAGGGAUCAGAAAAUGAAGAUGACUGGAUAACUGAUGAUGAAGUGGAUGAUGAAGAUCAUGAAAACAUUGAUCUGGCCUUUAAGAGAGAGUGGGAAGAGAAACGUCUUCCACCUAACAGUAAGGAGAAGAACUUUGUAUGUGAAAUUUGUGGGAAGGCAUAUUCAAAGCCCAGUUUCCUAAGAGCACACAUUGUCAGAGAUCACAAAGAACAUGAAGGAGCCAAGAGGUAUCCAUAUUUUUGUCAACAUUGCAGGAAAGUUUAUGUCAGAGAAAAAGACCUGUUGAAACACCAGCAGCAAUUCAGUGGCCCAUGUGAAAUAUGUGGAAUGGUGCUAGGAUGCAGUGAUCUAUUUUGGGCACAUAGAAGAGAUCAUGACAGUGUAUGUAAGGUGUGCAACAAGGAAUUCACGAAAAUGAGUUCAUUAUACAUUCACAUGAAGAUAGAACACUCAAAAAAUCCAUUAUCUUGCUCAAUUUGUGAUAAACGAUUCCACUGUGAAUCCUUAUUGAAAAAGCACAUAGUAAAGGUACAUGAUAAUGCUGCUGUGCAACAAACAAUAACCAAAUGUGAUAAGUGUGAUUUCUCAGCUAAGACACAAAGGGCUCUGAAAAUUCACCAGGGUUUGGUCCAUCAUUCAAAGCUUGGUUUGUUUACUUGUAAAAAAUGUAAAAAGACAUUUAGUACUAAGUUAACAUAUAAGAAUCAUGUUGCCACCCACAGAAAAAAAAGCAUUAUUUGCCCUUUGUGUUCUGAAAAAUUUACAUCAGAGCAUGAAUUACAAACACAUAGAAUAUCUGUCCAUGAAGUAACAUAUAAUGUAGGCAGUGAAAAGGAGACACUACCAAGCCAUCUAAAUAGCAGUCACUUGUCACAGUAUGCAUGUGCCUUGUGCAAUAUAACAUUGGGUAGUAAUGAAGACCUGUCUCAGCACAUGCACAGGUAUCAUGACAUGGACAUAAAUUCUCCCAGAGAAAUUAGACUUGAAAUUGAACGAGUCCAUCUUUCAGAAAUUGACAAAAAUGCUAAUGGUGUGUGGGCUGUAGGCAGUGAGGAGACACAUCCUCAGGAGUUAGACAAACCCACAAUGAGAGACUUGUCCACACACUUUGGCAGUUCCAUUGAUAAGUCAGCUUUGCUUGUGCCAGCCACUGCAAUGCCUCCAAAUGUGAAUGUGGUGGAGGUUAAUGGAGUGCAGUACCAUGUUGUCAGGGAAAACCAGCAGCACUAACCUGAUGUUUUCAUUUAGUCCAUCAUCCAUUUGUCAUUUUAAGAGAGAAUUUUACAUAACAUUAAAAAUGUUGUCCAUCAGUCUCUCCAGUCUGCAAGUAUGUGAAAUAAAGAAGACACUGUAUUUGGUUGAAAUCUUUUAUCUAGAACUCAAAAAAUCAUAAGAAUUUAGGUACUGGUAUUAUCUGUGAUUCAUUCAUGAUUUCCAUGGCCAUUCAGUAGAAAAGCAGAACUGUAAUGUUAUAUAUUAAUGUAUGACAUUAUCAAAAUAACAGUUCGUAUAUUUAUUUAUUUUUUUAGACGCUCACACGGACACUUUCUGAAGCAUAUUUUGGUAAGGAGGAAAAGAAAAUGAAUUGGUUUGCUGCUAAUACUUGACGUACAGUGGGGCAGCUGGCGCCACUCACACCAUAUGUCACUCCAUUUAGCCGUGGCACUGUGCUAUAACUAACGCCUUCAUGCACUUCCUGUAAGCUGCUUGGUGCAAAUAGUUUCAUCAGCAAGUGUAGCAGCUGGGCAGUGAUGUGGGGCAGUUUGGGAGUGAUGGGGUUUGCCUUGGAGGAAAGCACUCAAGAAAGGUGAAGAUGAGGAUGGGAGGGUGGGUGUUUCUUACCACCACAUCACAUUUGAGGAGUUAGUGAAGGAGGGGCGAAGGGGAUGUUGCCUGCACUGCCAUGCUUGCAGUUGGUUUGCGCCGUGCCUUGUCAGUGUCGGGCCUAAUAACUCCCACCAUUGAAAUUGCGCCUUGGGACAGUUAUCUCGAUUGGAAUGAACAUCUUUAUGAAGUUACACUUGGAAAUUACUAUUGCUUUCUAGUCUGUGGAAUAUGUUAGGAUAGAAAUAAGGCAAAUAUAGGAAUUAUAAACCAGAUGAAUAUACAUAGGGGUCGUCUUUCUACUCAAGGUCUAUUCAGUGAGGGGUAGACUACUCAGAGCUGAUCUGAUCAAGGUGUGGAAAAUAUUUUGUGGAUUAUCACAUAUCUCUGUGACGGAUAUCUUUAUACCAGUGGUGGAUGGCAGGACAUUCUCAAAAUAUUUCAUCCUCAUAUGCACACUGACUUGUGCAAAAGAUUUUUCUCAGUCAUUAGCCAUUGGAAUUCCUUGCCUUCUGAGGUUGUGCUGGCUCCCACCUUGCCACUGUUUAAAAGAUUACUUGUUACUUAUUUUGGGAACAGACUAUAUGAAUAUUAACUGUGUAUUAUUGAUAAUUCACUAAAUGCUUACAACACACAUUCCAUAGUAUUUUACAUCAGCUAUGUAUGUACAUGUUUGUCCUCAUCACAAAUAUUUUAUUAAAGCUGUGGCAUGUU